CAUUGGAAAGUGUCAUUAAACGACUUUUAAACCAAUAUAAUGCUCUAAAACUUUAUUUUGUUGAUCAAGUUGCUAAUAACAUUACUCAAGCAGAUUUAAUUUUAGAGAAACUUAACAAGGAAGAAAAUCGAUUAUAUCUCGAGUUUUUAUCUCAUGCAUUACCUAUUUUUAACGAUUUAAAUAAAUUAAUGCAAAGCGAAUCCCCAAAAAUUCACAUUCUUUACAAGGAAAUAACAAAUACACUUAAAAUAAUUCUAGACUUUUAUAUGAAAAGUGACAUUAUUAGUACUGAAAGUAUUGAUAAAAUAGAUUUUAAAAAUCCCCGAAAUUUUUUGCAACUGGAUGAUAUGUAUUUCUCAGCAGAAAUAAAUUCAAGCAGUUUAGAUAAAAAUAGGUUAGAAAAGGUUAAACUCAAUUGUUUGAAUUUUUACAUUGAAAGUGUUCAACAAAUUUGCUCCAGAUUUCCCCUGAAAGAUUCAUUAUUUGAAAAGAUGGAGUUUAUGGAUCCAGAAGUCAUUCGAUCUCGAAAAAUCAGAUCUAUUGGUCAUAUUUCUAAAUUAUGUCCCAAUUUGUUUAAUGUAGAUAUUCAAACAAUUGACAAUGAGUGGUUAGCAUUAAGAAAUUUUGUAAUCGAUUUUAAAGAUGAAUAUAACGACAUUUGUGAAUUUUGGAAAUAUAUCGCAUCGAUAAAAACUCCAGAUCAUAAUGGGUUACGUUUUUCAAACCUAACGAAUUUCGUUUUUAAUUUGCUUACUUUACCUGUUUCAAGCGCAACUGUGGAAAGAGUGUUUUCCGUUGUAAAUUUAAAUAAAACAAAACAACGAAAUAGACUGAAAACUUCUACCCUUACAGCAAUACUCCACACAAAAAGUUUGGUGAAUAAAAAUAAAGCUAUAUGUUCAAAUUUCCUCAUACCAAAAGAAAUGAUUAAGAAACUAAAUCAAAAUAUUUAUGACUCAGACUCUGAUUAAUGUUUUUGCAAUAGCUUUAUUUU